AUGGGGAACAGUGGCAGUGGGCCUGACGAGCAACAACCCAUGUCUUUUACGUCGCGCCUGAAUGGCGAUUCCCCACCCUUCCAGCCUAGAUUCACCCGUACUGACACCACAACGGUUGAAGUCGGUUCUCCUCGACCUGAUAUUGCAGACCAGAGUGUGAGCAAUAAAUCGGCCAACAACUCACUCCCACUAUCUGACUCCGUCAUACCUGCCACUUUCGAGACUUCGGAAGACCUCUCCACCAAUCAACUCUCGCAUUUUUUCCCUUUCCCUCCAGGAGAAACGUCGAUCCCUCAUCCGGCCCAAAACAACAUGAUGACAUCUCUCAACGAUAACAUGGAGCGUGUAUCGCUUCAAGAGGCCCUUGACGCGGUUUGGGCGCCAUCAAAACGCAACCCAGUCCGUAUCUCUGCCCUGCCACCACAAGACACGCCUGUACAAGAAGACCUUGAACCACUAAUCGAUCUUUCUUCCGACAUUCCAUCGUUGCCCAGUUUUCCGACAACCUCAUCUAUGGCUACGAUAACUGCACUUUCCAUUGAUUCAGACACAUCGCUGGAGCAAGUGAGAUUCGAGCCAGUUGCGUCUUCACCAAAGCCAAGUCACGAUGAUCCCCAGAAUAAACCUUACGAAUUUGGAAGCAUCCUGGUGGAGGAUGGUGAGGCUAUUCCGCCUCCGACCACUUACGCAGAUGCCACGAAUGUCGGUGACAUUUUUAGUUUCUGUUUCCCCGCGUCUAACGUGCUUUUCUUGAAGAUUGCAAAUAAAUAUCCUGAACUCGCUUCCAAGGUUCUCAAGCAGCCUCUUGCCUCGCCUUCCACAUCCCCGCACCCAAGCAGACGUGAACUUGACCCAGACGAAACAGACCAUUCCAAGUUUAACAUUUCUGUUCACGUAGAGAGAGUUGUUGUUCGACAGUCUUCGAUGCCACCACACACUCCCGAUCGUCCCAACUGGGCAGUUGCACCAGAUGAAAAACCAAGCUAUCGUCAGCCCGGCCGCCACUCUGGUCGCCCUCGGCGCGACUCUGGAGUCAGUCAACAUGGCUCUUCUGCACACAUGCCAAUGGAUAAACCUGAUAGUAGAUGGACUUUCAACGACAAUAGCAACUUCGAACGUAAUGGCUCUAUUGGCGGAAAUGAGGAUAAUCGAGCACAUAACCCAUCCCCCCAUUUGAGUCACGUGCACCCCUCACGCGCUCGCAAUUUGGCUGGACCUUCGGAUGGCCCGCCGUAUCCUGAAAACUCCGCUGUUGACACACGUGUUACUUCUCAAGCGACCCGCUACGAUCUGCAGUCGAACGAAAGCCGUACCAAUUCUCCCCAGCAAAAGGCUCUUGACGGCCGGCAGUCCUCCCCGAGAGCUCAAGAGACGUUGACUCCACCUCGCAAUCACUCACCUGCUAGUCACUGGCAAUCUAGAUCUCCGAGCCGCGAUGGUUCGAAAGUCACGCAAUCUCCCCAGAAGCGCCAUGAGUUGCUACCCUCUCUAAACCAGUCUCCUGCUCGCUCUCAGUAUCGUCUUGCAUGGACACCUACCCACGAUGGCUGGGCAGAUCAAUCUCCCCCGAAGAUUCAUAACUCGCUCCCCUCUGGCAAUCAGUCGCCUAGUCGGUACCGUCUCAGUGAAUCAGCCACCGCCCAUGGUCCUCGGCGCAGUAAUCCGGCUUCCCCAGUCCGGCAAGAACACCUGAAUCACUGGACCACCUCCCACGAUCCAUGGGCUGACGAUCGUCGAUCAACCCACAGAGAACGAGGAACUCAUGAUGGUCGAAGCCAUAACAACAACUCUUCUUGGAGCAAUGAUAACAGCGAGAAUCCUGACCGUCGUUUACCUAAGCCAGAGCAAAAAGGCUAUCCAGAACGUCGUCGUAAUUCACCCAGUCCGUUCCACGACCGUAUCAACCACAGCUAUGAUUCUUACUCACGUGACCGUCCUGGAUCUGUCCCGGAUCAUUCUUUUGGUGGCAGUGGCGAUGUGUUGGAGGCUCAUCGAGUACCAGCUCAGUCAAGUAUCGCUGCUCUUGCUGCAGCACGUGCGACCGGGCAAGAUUCCGGAUUGCUCGAUCAUCAAAACGGAAACAAUGCUGCCUCGUAUUCUGAAUUCGACUACUUCGCUCAUAGCGAUGGGAUGAAUUGGACCGACUCUUCACCUGCCGCCCUUCACACAAAUAUUUACUCUCCGAGUCAGAGAAUCGCCAGCCCUUCGCAUGCGUUACCGGAAGACAAUGAAUCGAGAAGCGAAUUUGACUCGCGUCACAACCCAUUCGAUCUUGGGCAGAUGAAAGCAGACACAUAUGACCACAGCCAACGACAAGGGAGUCGAGAUGAAGGAGCUACUCGUUGGGGCCCCGAUGAGAGAUUUGGUGAACCGCGCCAACAUCAACGAGAAAACCAUUACCACAAUACUGCUGAGAGGAACAACUGGGACGAUGACCACAAUGGCAACGAAAGAGAUAAAUGGGGCCUGUUGUCGACCUCCCGAGACCAAUGGGGUCUGUCUUCUUCUUCGAAUCAGCGUGGUGCAUACAACGAUCGCGAGGAUGGCAACCAAGACCAACGCAGAGAGCAAGAUAAGUGGGGCGGUCAUCAACACCAUGAAAGGGAAUACACCGAUCAUCGCGGCAACGAUAACUUCAGGUCAUGGACCUCUUCUGCUCACAGUGGAGAUAGCUCUUACCGUCGUCGCAAUGCACUUCCCUCACAGGCGGAGGAGUUCAAUCGCUAUUGCGAUGCUAGAGGGUUCAAUCGGAAUCGCGAUCGGUUUGCUGGUGCUGGUGCUAGAGCAAGUCAUGUAAAAUUCUUAACGUUGAUGUCGCAGGAGCAGCAAACCAUCCCCAUCCCCGCUCUCGGCGCCUUCACUGCCUUCACAAUCGACCCAGUAUUAUCCUUAGACCCCGACACCCGAAAUGACCCAAAGGCAGUGGCUGCUUGCCAAAAUCUAGUCAGCAAACCCUACGUAGGGCUCAUGUAG